AGAACAUUAAACAAAAUAAACAAUAUUAAAUAUAUUGAAUUUUAUGUUGAUAAACGAAAAUAUAAAAGGAAUUUUAUUGUGUCUGUAUAUCUACGCCUAUAAACUUAAGUUAUUCACGAUUUAAGUGAAAUACACUGAUCCUAACCUCCAAAUAUGGCAUCAAUACAGGAGCGACUACAGAGAAUACGUGAACCUCUUGAUAAAUGGUCUACCAGGGAACAACUAUGCUUAGCCUUUGCAGUCGCCAGGGCAGGUGAUCAAAACUGGAUGUCUGUGAGCAGAUCUCUGAAACCUUUUGGUGAACCGAGCAGACCAACGGAUUGGUUCCAUCAGAAGAAUUGUGCAGCCCAGUAUGGCGCACUAUUGGAAAACGUUGAGACUCCUAAACGUAAAAAGCGCACAUCAGGGGCAGAAACCCCCAUAGAGACGGCAGGUGAAAAUAUUUUGAGGAGAUUAAUGACUGAACGGAAAUCAGAAUUGAAAAAGUUAUUAGAAGAAGAGAAAUCUGAAUAUUUAAAAUUACAAGAGGAAAUGGCAAUUUUAAAAUCAGGUACUUUGACUGAAGAACAAUUGGAUGUAAUGUGUAAACAAAUAGAUGAAGAGGAGCAACAGAAAGAGAAAGAGUCUUUGGCUCAUUCUCAAUGGUUAAAGGAGCGCGAGUUGCGUAAACAAGAAAUCGAGAGGACAUGGAGACCUGCAGUGAAGAUCCAAAGUCCUGCAACUGGAGUAAAAAGAAAAGUUUCAGAAAGUUUUGAUCAAGUUGAAGUGGAGCAUGUGGAAGAAAGACCUGCACCACAGACGCCCACACAAAUGACGGAACCACCAAAACCAGCAUUAUCACCGCUGCUGACAAGUCUACUUAAAUCUCCAUCACAUGCUCAAAAUGCUACCUCUAUAUUGCAUUCAGCUAUUACAAAUCACAGACCUAUCAAUUCAAAUACCAAUCCAACUAUAGCCAGUUUAUUAAAUUGUUCAGCAUCUGUUCCUGUUUCCCCUGGAAUCCAGCAGUUGGUAACCACUGCAAUAUCACAAGAACCUCAAAUAACUACCUCUUCUGUAAAGGAUACCAUUUCAGAUUUAUUGGAUGAAACCGAUCAAUUACCUAAUCUUAAAGUAGAAGAUCUAGAAAGUACAAUACUCUCAGGAGAUGAUCCAUUGCCUGAAAUAAAAAACGAGGAAGUUGAUGUUAUCAUUUCGGAUCUGAUAGAAAACGCAGAUAUAGUAACGGACCCCGAACAACAUCUAUUAGAAGGAAAUGAUGACAUAAUAACGCAUUUGGAAAAUGAGCUUGAAGAGCUGGUCAACAAAGAGAAGGCGGCGGUGGCUGAAGCAGCAGCCAAAGCCGAAAGUAUUUCAGCUGAAAAACUGUUAAAGGAAAAGGAACUUCCACAAAUCGAUCCGUUUGAAUUUCAAGAGGAUCCAGUAAUUUACGAGCCAACGAAGCAGUCCAGUAUAAAGCAGAUUAUUCAAACAGCGAAGAUCGAUGAAAUAAUAGAUACAUCGGAGCAGGAAAAUUCGCAAAUAUUGCAUGAAACUGAAAUUAAAAAAGAGCAGAGCGAAGAGUCGAAAACUGAGAGUCCAGAGGAGAACGUUCCUGGUAGCGUGGAAAUAGUUGAAGUUGUCGUUAUGGAGGACGAGGAAAUUGGCAAAAAAUUUAAUAAAUCACAAAUUGAUGAAAAUAUUGUUUAUAACAGUAAGAUUAUUGAUGAUGAAAAACUCAGUGUUAAAGAUGAACCAACUGAAUCUUCUGAGGAGGAAAAAACUAUUAAGGAUGAUAUAUUGUCUGAGGCUACAUCAGAAUCGUUGGAUAUGGAAAUUAAACAAGAAUCAUCUGAUGGAAAUAAGGAUACUACUAAUGAUGAGGAUGAGACGUUAUCUAGACGAAAUACGUUUACUCCAGAAUAUUCAGACAUAUUCGACGAUAUGAACAUUGAGGUUACCAAGAUUGAUAAGACGGGGAAAGCAAAACGCGAUUAUUCUAGAACGAAAAAAAAGGAGGAUACAGACUUCGACAUACUUUUGGCUGUUGAGCAAGCUGCGAAUUUGGAGGAAGAUAGUUUGUCAGAGAAAGAAGAUGACAAGAAAUCAAUUGAUUUGUUGAAAGGAAAAUUGAAGAUCGAUAAUGAUCGUUCAAAUAGUCCUUGGACCGAGGAGGAAGAGAAUUCUGGUAUGAGAACUAGGAGGAGGUAUUCAACUCCGGCCACGCCUAGCGAUUCUGUACCAAAUUCCCCAGCAUCCAGCACUGCGUAUGUGGAGGAUGACAGGGACUAUAAGAAUUGGAAAAAGUCUAUUAUGUUGGUCUACAGUAGGCUCGCAACGCACAAGUAUUCGUCUUUGUUUUCAAAACCUAUAACCAAUGAACAAGCGCCCGGCUACCACAAUGUUGUCAAGCGUCCCAUGGAUUUCCAAACACUGAGAAAGAACAUCGAGAGCGGAACCAUCAGAUCUACUACAGAGUUUCAAAGGGACGUGUUGCUAAUGUUCAACAACGCCAUAAUGUACAAUAAGACAAAUGAUACAGUAUACAAAAUGGCAUUGGAAAUGCAGCAGGAGGGAAUGGAGCAAAUCAGGAUUCUGCUGCAAGUCCAAGCUGAAACAGUGCCUUCGAGGCGCGAAACCCGUCUGAGCGAAGGUCCUAGCAGUAAGCGUAAGCGAGGAAAUGAGGAUAAUACGAGGAACAAAAAGAAAAAGGAUGAAUGAGAAUUACUGAUGUUUGAAAACCAUUUGUUAAUACCGUGGUAUUAACAUUUGGUUUUCUUCUGUAUAUUUUUUAAACGCGUUUCGUUGUAGAUAACGUUUGUACAAAUUGUACUUUUCUUAUAUAACUUUAUAAUAAAUGAACAUAUUUUUCUUAAGCUACUGAUACAAAAUGAUGAUUGUAGUGCCUAAAAAUU